UGACCUUCCUGUUGCAUCUUCCUUGCAGGAGGGCUCGAAGGGGAGGAAGAGGAGGGGUGUGAAGCAGCCUCGCUCUGUCCCCCACCCUGGUGUCAUCUACAACUGGUCUCUCCUGUGGGAUCGGCGCCCCUCCCCCCCGGGGAUGGUGUUCGCCGGCGGGCGCUGAGCUGGGCGCCAUGGGGAGUGCACCAUAGACACCCCCGGCACCCCGCGUCUGCCGUGGCGGCCGCGGUGCUGAGCACCUGGGGGCGGAGCCCACCUUGGUCUCACCUGAGCGCUCCUGGAUGGAAUUGCGGUGAAUGGAACAGAAGCCCAGCACCCUGGACUGCCUGUCGGAGCCAGAGGAAACCCGGUGGCUGGAUGGGAAACGCAAAAGAAAGAGCAGCCAAUGUUCGGUGAAGAGCAGCAUGUCAGGGUACAUCCCUAGUUACCUGGACAAAGAUGAACAAUGUGUCGUGUGCGGCGACAAGGCGACCGGCUACCACUACCGCUGCAUCACCUGCGAGGGCUGCAAGGGCUUUUUCCGACGCACCAUCCAGAAGAACCUGCACCCGACCUACUCCUGCAAGUACGAUGGCAGCUGUGUCAUCGACAAGAUCACCCGCAACCAGUGCCAGCUGUGCCGCUUCAAGAAGUGCAUCGCCGUGGGCAUGGCCAUGGACUUGGUGCUGGAUGACUCCAAGCGGGUAGCCAAGCGGAAGCUGAUCGAGGAGAACCGGGAGCGGCGGCGCAAGGAGGAGAUGAUCAAGACCCUGCAGCACCGCCCGGAACCCAGCGCCGAGGAGUGGGAGCUGAUCCACGUGGUGACGGAGGCGCAUCGUAGCACCAACGCCCAGGGCAGCCACUGGAAACAGAAGCGGAAAUUCCUGCCCGAGGACAUCGGCCAAUCGCCCAUGGCCUCCAUGCCCGACGGGGACAAGGUCGACCUGGAGGCGUUCAGCGAGUUUACAAAAAUCAUUACCCCGGCCAUCACUCGCGUGGUGGACUUUGCCAAAAAACUGCCCAUGUUUUCAGAGCUGCCUUGCGAGGACCAGAUCAUCCUACUGAAGGGCUGCUGCAUGGAGAUCAUGUCGCUGCGGGCGGCCGUGCGCUACGACCCCGAGAGCGAGACGCUGACGCUGAGCGGUGAGAUGGCCGUCAAGCGGGAGCAGCUGAAGAACGGCGGGCUGGGCGUGGUGUCCGACGCCAUCUUCGACCUGGGCAAGUCGCUCUCCGCCUUCAACCUGGACGACACGGAGGUGGCGCUGCUCCAGGCCGUGCUGCUCAUGUCCUCAGACCGCACCGGGCUGCUGCGGGUGGAGAAGAUCGAGAAGUGCCAGGAGACCUACCUGCUGGCGUUCGAACACUACAUCAACUAUCGCAAACACAACAUUCCCCACUUCUGGCCCAAGCUGCUGAUGAAGGUGACCGACCUGCGCAUGAUCGGCGCCUGCCACGCCAGCCGCUUCCUGCACAUGAAGGUGGAGUGCCCCACCGAGCUGUUCCCACCCCUCUUCCUCGAGGUCUUUGAGGAUCAGGAAGUCUAGGGCGGGGGGAGGGGAGGGGGCGAGGGGCGGGGCCAGGACUCGAACGAGAGCCCCGCCCCCAGCCCCUCCUGGACACGUUUUACUUGGUUCUUUUUCGUUUUGGUUUGUUUUUCUAAAUAUUGCGCGUGGGUGUCACCCGGCAGCGCCGACACCACCACCACCACCCCCGCGGAGGGGGUGGGACCGUGGGGGCGGGGCUGCUGUCGGGGUGGGGGGGAGGGGCAAAACUUUUCAAAAACCACACAAAACAUGAGCUUUUUUGGGGGGUGCGGAGGAGUUGGAUUUGGAGUAGCAGGGGAGGAUAAGUGGAACCUGGAUCUCCUUUCCUCUGAACCGCUCAGUUAUGGGGGUGCUGGGGGGGUGGAUACAUAGCCCGGAUUUCAACCCAACUGCAGGAAGAACCCCCCCACUCAGAGAGUUCUCCGUCCCAUCACCUCCCUGGCACUAGGCUCAGCUGGCACCUCACGGCUCCCCCCAAAUAAACCUCUCUCGUUCCACGGACUUUAUGAAUUUUGUUUGUUUGCACAGGACAGUCCCAGACGUCAGAGCGUUUGUUUCCUUUAUUAUUUCCUUAGGUGAUUUUGUUUUUGUUCUUUUUAGCAUUUAUUCCCUCCCUGAGAGGCUAAAAUAUUAACUAACUGCACUUUGAGAAGAGAAAAGCUAUUAAAUUAUUAGAGGGGAGAACCCGGGCGCAGGGAGAGGGGGUGAGGUUGGGGGGGGGGGUUCGGGCCAUGGAGCCGAGCGUGAACGACAAAUGCACUUUUUUUAUUAAAAGACAAAACUCCAGCGGGAAGUCGCUGGUUAGAUUCCCAGGGGUGCCUCGAUUUCCCAUCGAACUACAGGGCGCGAAGCCAGGGUGCCAGCUGAACCCCGUGCCAGGGUUGCAGGAUUGGACCAGCAGAGAACGUCAGCUCCCUGCUACACUGGAGAAUCGGGGCUCCGAGGUUGGGCUGUCAGGUCCCUUGCCCUCUCCCCGCCUCCCCCCCCCACAAGAACCCGCCACUUCGGCCCAUCUACCUCUUAGGCUGGAUGGGGCGGGCAGGUCUGUCCUGACACCCCAAUCCUCCCAGCACACCCGCCUCUCCCCCAGUGCAGGCGCCUGCCGAGGGCCGUAGUUCUGACACUUUCCCAAAGGCGAGGCAGCGGUGGGCAAGGGAGAGAGGCUCCAGCCCGCAGGGGUUGGGGGCUGUGCUGGGAGGGGGCGAGGGGGAAGAUAAGAGCUGGUCGAAAACAUUGGCUCUAAACUGGCUCUCGCGGGACAAUUUGGUUUUCCAUGCAGAGUCUGCUCCCUGCGGAAAGUUUUGAUGCUUCGUUGACGGAACAAACACCAGAAAACCGAACGAGCUGAAUUCAAAAUGGUGCCGCCGUGCCUCCUGGGAGUUGUGGUUUGGGGGCCUUGAGCUCCCAUUCAUCUCUAUGGGAUGGACUCUCUGGUUGGAAUCCAUCUCCCAUGAUGAACCAGGCCAGAGGCUCCCAUGGGGCACCUCCUGCCCAAGAAAAGUCACUGGGGCAUCAUGGGAGAUGGAGUCCAGCCUAAGAAACCAGCCCCUAGAGGAGAAUGGGGGCAUGAGACAUCUGAACUACAACUCCCAACAGGCAGCGCAGUGCCAUUUUGAAUGGAAAUAUUUCGGUUUUCAAUAUUUUGCCAAAAAGUCGUAAUUUUCUUUGGGGAAGCUGCCUAUUUUCUGACCAACUCCCCCUGCCCAGGUCCCUGCCCCUGCCCCUCCAGUGGCCUGUCUGUCUCUGAUACCCCCAGGGCAGGGACCAUCUGCCCAUCAUCUCUGGUAACAUGCCCCCAGGAGAACCCCUCACUCAGCAAGGGGCCAGGGAGGACCAUGCGCUGAGCCCCACCCACGCCGCUCCCCAUCGGGCCCACACUUUUAAUGGGCACGCGCUUUCCACAGGACGGCCCCCUCCCUGCCACUGCUCACUGCACUAACGCCGUCAGUAGUCUGCCCUGUAUUGGCCUGCAGCAUGCGCUACCCUGUCCCUCAGCUAUGCCGUCCCAGUGCCUAGCUCGCCUCACCACCUCAAAGCCUUGAUUCUCCGUGAGGCAGGGGUGCGCGGGGGGAGGAGGGAUUGGGGAGCCCUGGAAAAUGGCACUUAUUGGGCACAGGGGCCGGGAGUCCGAGCUGAGGCGUUUGCCCUUCCUAGGCGUGUGGGGAAGCUAGGGACAGGCCAAGCCGGGGGAGCUGCGUUGGUCGCUUUAGGUUUGUCUACCUGCCCUGAUCUCUCUCCCAGCCCCCGCCCCGAUUCCUCCAACAGCCAGAGCCCCGUGGUCACCAGGGUGGGGUGUGCACGCUCCCUGCUGUGCCCGGGGAUCCCCCUCGCCCACCGUCCCCCUCACGGCCCCAGCCCGUGGCCCACCCGCUCUGGGAAAGCACGAGGCCCAGGAGACACGUCACACCCGAGCGGCGGGCGUGUUUCGGCUCAGCCCCGGGGUGCCACCCACGCGUCUCCGAUCCCGGCUUGGCCGGGCCCGCGUGUUUAACCCCGCGUUGUCCGACGCGGCUUCCCCAGCGCGGGCGAGUUCACGGCACCGCCGUUUGGGGACUAGACAAUGGCAUUGCCCACCCCUGCAGCCCGGCAGCAGCCACAGGGGCACGCUGGCACGACCCAUCCUUAAAGCUGAACCAGCAGAACUGAGCCUCAGCCGAGAGCGACGCGGCGCUUGUAGCAGGGAGCUCCCUGUCCCUCUGCACUUAGCCAGCCCCGUGGGCUGCGGCCCGCCUGGCUCUUCCGUCUCUGCUCCGCUGCUUUUUCCUUUUCUUUCCUUUGGGGGGGAAAUAACAAUCGUAAAGGAAUUUAAAUCGCCAGGGGGCAGAUCUAAGGCCCAAUGGGCAUCAGCCUUUCUGGACUUUUCAAUUUCACUCCUUGUGCGGAGAAGCUGCACUCACUCACCCCUGCCUGUAGGGGGCACUUACUGGUAGUCAGCCACGCUUGGACACCCCCCCACACAUGCCACCCCCCACCCCCCCGUUUCCCCAGCUGUCUGUCAGCAAAGCCCCGGCCGAUGAUUUGCGCCUUGUCUUUGUAUCUAUCCAUCUAUAUCAGUAUCCAGUGGAGGGAGUUCGUUUUUAAGCUUUUUCUUACCCGGUUUAGGGCGUGAAUUUUCGUUUUCUUACCUCAGUCGAGAGGCCAACGGGGAUGGGGGGUGGGGGAUCGGCUUAUUCUGAAUGUACCGUUUAAGGUUCAGGUCCGGGUGAGGAGAGCCACCGCAGGGUUAACGCCGCUCCGAUUUAAGCUAAUAUAUAUAUAUAUAUAUAUAUAAUUAUAUAUAUAAAUUUUUUAAUUAAAAAUCUUUUUACGGGUUAUUUUAAAAAAAACAAACAAACACACAAACCUUUUGUUGUUGGUUGGUUUGGUCCGAUAGUGCUUGGUGGGCUGGACAGGAGCCCAGCCACCGCCGUGACUCCGGACUUGGUGGGCGUAGGCCGAGGAGCUGCCCCGUUAGCGGUGUGACCAGGGCGCCGGAGCCGGCGGCAGCCAGGGAAGGAGUUGAUUCUGGCGGGGGGGAGACAGGUUUUUGGAGCCCCCUUUGGUAUUAGCCUCACCUGUUGCAGUAUAUUCCCAGAGCCACCUGUGUUUGGGAGAGAUGGAGACGCGAGGGCCCGGGCCCCCACAAAGGGCCCAGGUUUUCAAACAAUCUCAGCACCCAACACGCACCCAGCGUCGCGGGCUCCGUGGAAAACCUGGGCCCAGGCGUGGGUGCCGUCUGCUUGGAGCCGUGGCCCAUUCUGUAAAUAUAGGAAGGAGUACGUUUCCCCGCAGAUACUCUGGCUUUCUGUAAUCAGUCCCACCUUCCCUGGGGUGCUAUGAGCAGCAGCGUCUCGGCCCAUUACUUAGCAUGCCAGCUCUCCUCCCACUGGUUGAUGCUUUUUGUAAAGCCCCAGCUCCCGGAGUCAUGGAGUUGGGGGAAACUUCAGCUUUCAUUUAAAAAAAAAAAGAUUUUUCUCUCUCGUGGUUGCCGAGAAA